AAAAAAAAAAAAAAAAACAUUGUGACAAGUAGUCUAGCAUCUUCGUUAUCACUUGUUGAUAUCACAGUUGCAGAUAACGAGUAAUAAAGCAAAGGCAGUUUGACACUAUUUUGACCUCUUGGGAUUCCCUCCUGACGUAUGUGACCGUGGGGAUCCCCGUUCGGUUGAUUAGCGGAUAUAGCCCCGUCCACCGGGUCCUAUUUCAACUCAUUCCAAAGACUCGAAGUCAACGACAGUCUUUGGAGCUCUGCGGUCUACAAACACCUUUGUCAAGUUGUCUUGUCCUAAAAGUCGGUGAUGGAUGCCUUACGGUCGGCUGGAAGAGCGAUCAUCCGAAAUCCAAGCAUCGCGAAACGGUCUUGGAAUUCCGGCAAACAUAAAAAACUUCCUGAGAACUGGACCGACACGAGGGAGACUGUUGUGGAGGGCAUGACCUUUAACCUCCGCCACCUAGGCAUGACCCUGGUGGACCAGGCCAAAGGAGAGGACCUAUCAGCAGCUGCUGUCAAGAGGAUCAUUGCCACGGCCAAAGCGGGAGGUAAGAAGCCUCUGAAGGUUUCUCUGAAGGUUUCUCCUCAGGGUAUAAUGCUCUACGAUAGUCUGACCAACCAGCUGCUAGACAACAUCUCCAUAUACAGGAUAUCCUACUGCACGGCGGACAAGCUUCACGACAAGGUGUUUGCCUACAUUUCCCAGAACACACUCAACGGAACACUGGAGUGCCACGCCUACCUCUGCUCCAAGAGGAAAGUGGCCCAGGCAGUAACUCUGACUGUAGCACAGGCCUUUAAAGUGGCCUUUGAGUUCUGGCAGGUUGCCAAAGAAGAGAAGAGGGUGAUGUCCGGCUCGGCUGGAGAAGCAUCCGGCAGCUCCCAAUUAGAAGGAUCCAAUAGCCUGGCUAGUCUGAAAGCAGAAGAUGUUGCCACGGGUAACCUACUGGACCUGGAGGAACGGACUCAUGUUGCCGUGGUUCUGGAAACCAAUGGCAACGAGGAGUUCCAGGUGGACGACCACACCGCUCCCGAGGACAUUGAUAACAAUAACACUGUCUGGGAAAUUGAGGAAGACUUGGAUGAGGCUUUUUCUAGACUGGCAGUGUCCCGUACUAACCCCCAGGUCCUGGAUGUUGGGGUGACCCCCCAGGAUUGGCUUACAGAACCUGACCAGGCCAAUGGGAACACAUGCAACCAGAACACAUCGAACACCACCAAUGGAGAUGACUUCCUCUUUGUCUUCUGAUUGGCGACCGAGAGGCACAGCCUUUCGACUCUUUGGCCCGAUCCCAAAUCAACCCCUAGGCCCUACGCUGGAGCUACAGCCUACCAUAUUUGUUUCCUCCUCUCAGGUCUGCGUAGGUCUAGGGCUCAAUUUGAGAUGGGGGCCCAUAGAGUUGGCUUUGGCUCCAUUCCAAAACCGAUUUCCCCCCCCCCCCCGUAUAUAUCUGAAAGGACUGCAUAGGUUGAGAGCUUUUGGUUGAACUUUUUUUUUUUUUUUUUCAAGUUUCAAGUUUAUAGAUCUACAUGGGGCCGCCAGGAAGAACCUAUGGGUAGAGGCUAGGGACUUGAACUGGGACAUGCCCGUUACAACCCCUGACGUUGCUUUUUGUUCAUUCAUUUCAAUGUACUGCAGUAGAAGAUAGUAUUCCUACUUGGACCAUAGCAGUACAUAGUACUAUUUGACCCAUAGUAGGUGAUGGUCCUUUUGGACUGUAGUAGUACUCUUUAGACCAUAGCAGUAUGCAGUACUAUUUGACCCAUAGUAGGUGCUGGUCCUUGUGGACUGUAGUAGUACUCUUUAGACCACAGCAGUAUGCAGUACUAUUUGGGACCACAGCAGUAUGCAGUACUCUUUGGGACCACAGCAGUACUCUUUGAACCAUAAUCAUUAUUGACCUUUGUAUUUAUUUUGUGUCGGUUCUAAUUUAUAUUUGUUAUAACUAAGGACGGGAUGUGUAAUUUCAGUCAGUUUAGCUCAAUAUAAAUCUGUCACAUUACGUUUUGGAUUAGUCUUCUACAUAAACACACUUGAGACUACAAAGCCUCUACAGACCAAGCAAGACGAUCAAGGUUGGUACUCCCUACUUUGCUUAGGGGAUGUAGUCUUUGCAUACUAGAGUUCAGUCAGUUGCUAUGAAACAGCAGAAAGCACUUUGGAGAAAACAAAUUCAGGAAGCACCUUUUUGUCCAACUUAUUCAAAACCAUUUGUCCUGUUUGUCUACUUAAUGUGACCCAGGAAAGUGAUGCACUAUAUUGAAAUCCUUCCUCCCAUGGCCAGUUUCAACCUGUUCCGUAACCUAUCUUGACCUUAAUGACCAAUGCACCAUGUAGUACUGUACUGUACACCACCAGAACUUUUUGAAUAAAACAUUUUAAUCAUGCAU